AUGUCCAACAACAACAUCAACAACAGUCACAACAGGAACAUCAACAACAGUAACAACAGGAACAUCAACAACAGUAACAACAGGAACAUCAACAACAGUAACAACAGUAACAUCAACAACAGUAACAACAGGAACAUCAACAACAGGAACAUCAACAACAGUAACAUCAACAACAGUAAUAACAACGACAACAACAUAUCAAUCACAACCCGGCAAUCAGAAGACAUAAUAGAUUUAGAAGAUUACUAUCGACGCAGAUCUAUCCGCUCCGAAAACAAAGAUGCCUUUGACAUUGACAACAUGGCUUGCUCAAAAUGUGGUUACAAAAGAACCAGUCUAUGGUGUAAUGACUGCGAAAGACGCUCCUUCAAAUUAUCCUUUUCUACCUGGACAAGCGGAAGCGAGCUCGUAGAUAAAUUUAUACAGGACAUUCAAAUAAAUGCACAAUCUUGCACACAGUAUAUCGAAUGGAUACCAUUCGAUCGGUUGACUAUAAUUAACUAUGUAGCAAGCGGUGGUUCGGCCCGGACGUUUCUAGCUAAUUGGAAAGAUGGGCCAAUGUGGAAAUUUGACAAGAAAACUGGAAAGAGAGUUAGAAGUGGGUCUAGAAACGUGAUUGUAAAACAGAUAAAGAAUGGUGUUGAACUUACAAGUGAAUAUUUGAACGAG